AUGUAUCUGGUGAUAAGCAUUAAACACGGUUUUGAUCUAAAUGAAGAAGGCCUUCUCAUAUUGAAAGGGUUGGAUUCUAAGCUUUCCAAAAGUCUUCCACCUGACCUUCAGAAGCUCCGAUGUAAGGUAGCGUUUCACGCUCUAAGAUUCUCAACUCCAAUCCGAGAGCUUGGCAAUCAAAUGGCUAGAAGAAUGUGGAUUGAAGGUCCUUAUGUAGCCAUUCAUUUACGACUAGAGAAGGACGUAUGGAUCAGAACUGGAUGCCACACUGGUUUAGGACCAAAAUAUGACAAUAUUAUAGCCAGGGAUCGGGAGUCUCAUCCCGAUUUCCUAACUGAUAAAUUGAAUAUGAGCAACGCAGCACGACGCCUAGCUGGACUCUGUCCUCUUAAUGCUCUAGAAGUUGCAAGGUUUCUGAAGGCUUUAGGCGCGCCAAGCAAUGCUCGCAUAUAUGUGGCAGGAGGGGAUCCGUUCGGGGGUACCUACGCAUUGCAGCCCCUUGUAGAAGAGUUCCCCAAUAUAGUGACAAAGCAGAUGUUGUCACGAGGGGAUGAGCUUAGCCCAUACACGAACAGACCUUCUGUUUUAGCAGCCAUUGACUAUAUUGUCUCUCUGAGCAGUGAUGUCUUUAUGCCUUCCCAUGGAGGUAACAUGGGCCGCGCUCUGCAGGGCCAUCGCGCGUAUGUUGGACACAGGAAACACAUAAAGCCUAACAAGCGAAUGAUGAUUCCUUUCUUUGAGGACAUGUCCAUUUCCGAGGAAGAAUUUAGCAGCAUUAUACAGAAGCUGCAUAAAAACUCCAAGGGGCAACCUGAGCAGAGAACUAAGAGGAUAGACAGAGAUGUGUUAGCCUAUCCCGUGCCAGAGUGUAUGUGUAAUCACUAAGCAUCAAAGUUUAUUUACGUCGAAGAUUUCUAGGGACCUUCUUGUCAUCUGUACGAUGUUUGUACUUAUUUUUGUAAUCAGUUCAUUCCAAUUGUGGCUGAGUUUUGUAACAAAACCUGU